ACAAAAUGAAGAAAGUGCAACUAUCCAAGCCCGAAGAUGUCUCUGACUCAGCCCUAAAUGCAUACAAAUCAAGGCUCAGACCCAGGAAGAAUAGAACAAAGAUGGAUCCAGUAAAGAGAUCAUGUAAAAGAAGGAAAGCAAAAGACGACUGACUAGAAACUUUUAGACUCAUCAGAGAAUGUAAUUUCGAAAAGCAAAAGAUUGCCAAAAAGAAGAAUGUACAAGCCGAGGUAAUCUCUAAUCCAGUUCAGGCUUUUGAGUUUAACUCUCCUCUCGAAGAAGCUUCUGAUAGCAGCACAGCACUUGAUAUCCUCGAAGAAGAGAAAAGAUGCAUCAAAAGGAAGCAGAAAACCCGUCGGAAAGAAUGUAACAAAGCUAUAAAGCACCAAGAAUCUGCAACAACAUCAAUCUGUAGCUGAACUUGUACAUGAAAGACUCAAAAUGACACUAAAAUUCCAAGAAUUCUUACUAUAGAAAGAAUGGUAAGGAGUAAAAGGACUGGUAAAAUUAGGUGUUUGGUAGUCUCAGAUGUACCUCUCAAAAAGGACGGCUCUAACUAA